AUGCGACGAGAAUCACAGGCCGUUGAUUUCAAAAAGCACAAGAAUGGCCAUUCAUCAGAGGAAGGGAGGGAAAUCAGGGAUGGCACUCCAUCGAUCCAUUUCAACAUUAUAAACCGAUCUGUAUGUUGCCAUGUUCAUCUUCUUCUGCUGUACGACAUGGAAACUGGAAGAAAUGGCGGUGGCGGAAGUGCUGGAGGAGAGGCGAAGAUGCCGGAAGGCGUCGCCGGAGGAAAUGGAGAAGCCGCGAAUCGAGACGACAUCGAUCGAAAUAACGAACCUCUGCGGCCGUCUCCGGCGACGGAAUAUGGAAAGGAAAAUGCGCCGGCAAGUGCUCCGAAAUCCGACGGGAAAGCAAACGCCGCGGAGGUUUCGAAGGAAAGUGGUAACCACGCGCCACCACAGCAGGUAACUGACGCUAAAAACGCGGCCGCAAAGGAGAGUGAGAUCCACGCGCCUCCACCUCCGGUCACCGAAGGUAAAGAGAAGGAGCAGAUCCAAAAAAAUGAGAUCCACGCGCCUCCGUUUCCAGUCACUGAAGCUAAAGAGGAGCAGAUCGGAAAAGGUGAGAUCCACGCGCCGGUCACCGACUCUAAAGAAAAGCACAUUCAGGCAAGCGACAACCACGCGCCGCCGCAGAACGAAGCCACGGAAGGAACCGUCAAGGCGGAAGAAGCUCCGUCCACAUCCGGCGCAACCGACGGCGAAGCUUCUCCGACGAACGCCGAGAAGAAUUCCAUCUCCGACAUGAACGAUUGCGAGAAGAAAGCAUUAGCCGAGCUCCGAUCGAUGGUCGAACACGCCAUUGUCAAAAACAAGCUAUUGCAGAGCACCGAGGAAUUCGAGAAAGUUCCAGAAACUUCCACAGAAGAAAAAUCUAACAAAGACGUCUCAAUCUGGGGGGUGCCAUUGUUGCCGAGCAAGGGCGAUAAAUGCACAGACGAGGUCCUCCUAAAGUUCCUGAGGGCCCGGGACUACAAGGCUAGCGACGCCUUCGAAAUGCUUAGAAACACUCUCCAAUGGCGGAGGCAGAACAACAUCGACGCCAUCGCUGAAGACAAUUCUGGCGACGACGCCGACGAAGAAUACGCCGCCUUCGGCUACAUGAAGGGCUCCGGCGUUGACGGCCACCCGAUAUGCUACAACGUAUACGGUGUGUUUGCCGACGAUGCAAUGUACAACCGGACGUUCGGUUCGGAGGCCGGGCGCGAUCGAUUCUUGCGAUGGAGGUUGCGAUUAUUGGAGAAGGAGAUUCGGAAGCUCGAUUUUCAGCCCGGUGGAAUAUCGUCGAUGAUCCAAGUUAACGAUCUCAAGAAUGCUCCCGUGCCGUCGAGGAAGGAUCUCCGGCUCGCCACGAGAGGAGCCGUUGAGAUCCUUCAAGACAAUUAUCCCGAGUUUGUCGCCAAAAAUAUCUUCAUCAAUGUCCCGUUUUGGUACUAUGCGUUCAACGCGCUCUUGUCGCCGUUCCUAACGCAACGGGCGAAGAGCAAGUUCAUCUUUAGUCGACCAUCAAGCGUCACCGAAACGCUUCUCAAGUGCAUUGCCGUGGAGCAAAUACCGAUGAAGUACGGAGGACUACAAAGAGAUGAUGAUCCCGAGUUCUCCACGCAAGACACAGCUUCUCAAGUUGUAAUCAAGGCCGGCGCAACCGGAACCGUAGAAAUCCCGAUGCCAGAGGUCGGAAAAACGAUGAUUUGGGACUUGAGCAUAUGUGGUUGGGACGUGAAUUACAAAGAGGAGUUUGUACCGACGGACGAGGAGUCGUACACGGUGAUAGUAAAGAAGGGGAGCCACCGGGAAGACAUUUUCGACUUAGUUAUUACUAGCUUAAAAAAACAAAUGAUCACUUUCUGUUUUUGCGGGCGCUCGCCUCCGGAGCGGGAGAUUGUGGGUUCGAGUCCCAUCGCGAUCGGAUAG